AUGUCUCAUGUUAAAGUGGAACUGGAUCUUACGAAGCCUACACCAGAUAUCGUGGAGUUCACAAGGGAAUCAGGAGAGGUUGUGGAGGUUUUAGUGACAUAUCCAUGGCUUCCUCCUACAUGUGCACACUGCAAAGAGCUGGGCCAUAUUGCAAAGAACUGUCUCUUGCUACCGCUACCCCAUAAAGCCCCCCCUCCUCCGACUACAAAAAAGAACCCUUCCCCCAAUCCCUCUACUAAAACUUAUGUACCCAAACCAAUGGCUAAAACCGCCCCUCCCUCCACUCCCUCGUCUUCUAUUUCCCCUUCAUCAGCUAAUGUUCCCUCUCCCUCACCUAGUACAUCUUUGCCUGUAAACACUUCAAAACUCCUGCCCCCAACCAUUCCUGAAAAAGCAGUUACUAUAUCAAACCACAACUCCCUCCACCUUACCUCCUCUCGACCUCCUGUUGCUUACCCUGUUGAUACUGAAACUAGCCCUCCUAACCCUCGACUAAGACUGUCCCUUAAGCGCUCUCGCUAUGACCCAACCUUGUCUCCUCCCACCUCUUCUCUUCUUCCUCCUCUGCCUGUUGAAAACCGACCCAACUCUACCCGCACCCCUAUAGCUCCUCUCCUUUUGACCCUUCCUUUUCCUUUUGACCCCAAUCCCUACUCUCUUUUGGUUACCGACUCUUCCUUUACCCAAGGAGAGUCCUCCCUUUUAUCUUAA